AUGGCGAAGAAACCUCUCUUUCACUCCGUGGUAUACUAUAUAUCCCCGUCCCUGCGCUCCUCACGGAGGGAACAGCUUCAAGCCGCGCUCGACGCGCACGGUGCGCAUGCCAGCAAGACUAUCGGCGACGCGACGCACAUCAUAACCGACACGGCACGGUUUGACGGCUGGCAGGAGGCAAAUGAGGGGGCUGAGAUAGUCACGGACCGCUGGGUCGACCGCAGCAUCGUCCUCGAUCGCGCUGAGCCACCGGAGAUGUACUCGGCGGACCCCACGAUGCUCUUCUCGGGCGUGACGGCGACGUGUACCGACGUCGCCCGCGCUCGCAAGACCAUCGGCACCCUCGACUGGGUCUUCUUCGUCCUCGGCACCGGGCAGCUCACCGCACCGGGCGAUAGGCUCAUCCACUACCCCGUACCAAGAAGACCGAUCGAAGGAAUGGGCGGGAAGGUCUUCUCCAUCACGAACUAUACUGGCGAGGCGCGCGACUACCUCAAGAAGCUCAUCGUGGGCAUGGGCGCGUCAUUCAACCCGACGAUGAGGCAGGGGGAUAGCCCGAUCCUGAUUGCGGCGAGCACUGAAUCGGAGAAGGCGAAGAAGGGCGCGGAGUGGCAGAUCCCGGUCGUGAACCACCUGUGGGUGGAGGACUGCUACAUGACGUGGCGGGUGCUGCCCAUCACAACAAAAUACAUCACCUUUCCGCCCGCCUCUGACUUGAGCGGGCUGCUGUGCGAGCGCGGGAUGGGCGCUUACAUCGAGAAUGAGGAGAACUUGAGGAUCGAGGUCAGAAGAACUGGACCGCAAGUUCCUCGCCGAGCAGGAACGCCAGCAACUCACGCAAGGCAGCGCGAUGGAUGCGAAUGA